UUUGACAUGCCCCCUCACAGUCGCUUUUGUCAAGGGCAGAUCACUCUAGUUCUACUCCCACGGAUGUAAACAAGUUGUGAAAGCUUAGUACAGUCUCAAUGACGAUCAACACACCACGAACUCAAAUAACGUGUACGCUAUUGGAAACACAAGGCAAAUGGAAUGUGAAGUUGUGACUCCUAGAUCUAGAGGGCGGCCUAAGCUGGAGGAUUCACAAAAGAAGAAGUCGGUGAAAGUAAGGAACAAAGUUACAAACAGUCGGCGGGUGUUCCUGGGAGAUUCUGCAGCCACACGAUGGAAACGUUUAAAAAAACAACUGGGCGAUGUCACCGACCAAUGGCUUGCUAAUCACUUGCUGGAAACACACGAAAAGAUGUGUAAAUGCUUAGACAUCAUGAAGAGCCGUGACCUAGAAGAUUAUACCAUGGAACCAAAUGAACGUCAAUAUGACUCAUCACAGACGGCAGCAUUAGAAGAUGAAGAUCAUCACCAUGACAACCAGAACAAGGCGCAACACUUACCAAGGCCAAGCCAGGUGUUCAUCACCAUAUCUGAUACACGUUUUGCUGAUGAAGAAGAAUGUGGGACACUGAUUGAUGUUGCAAGACCAAAUAGGAAGGAGUUUGUUGGUGGUUUAAGAAUUAAAAAAGUCACAUCUGGACAUUCCCACCGGUCCAAUAAAAAGGCUAAAUUAGACAGUGUUGUUAAGAAGCUGAUGCAUAAGUCAGGCCAACAGAACAGGCAGCAGUCGUGUGGUCAGACAGAAGACCAGUCUAACAAACAGCCUAGAGGAUAGAAUAGACCGAUCCCAGUUCUGUAUGGAAUGUACAUACUGAAAAUGUGAUAUUGACUCAUGGUCUUCAUUGAUGUGCAGCAAGUGAUAUUUGCAGAUAAAAAGAAUGAUAUUUUCAAUGUUUGGGGUGAUGUUUGACAUAGAACCCUGUUGGACCUUUCUGCUAAUGCUUCUAGGCGACUUCACAAUGUUCACCUUCAAUCAAUAAAGUCAGAACAAAUAAUCUCAGAUUCUAUUCUAUGACAUGUUAGACAACCAUGUUUCAGUUCCUUAGAUUUCAAACCCUAAGGAAAGAGAACUCUUGAUGGAGAGGAUACAGGGAAGAUAACUCUUCAUGGAGAAGAUGCAGGGAAGACAACUCUUCAUGGAGAAGAUGCAUGGGAAGACAACUCUUGGUGGAGAACCAACUUACAAAUAGGGUUCCUGAGAAGUGGCAAAGAUCUGACUCAAGAGAAAUAACGUUAUGUCAGUUCAGAUUGCUUCUGUCAAGGAAAGCAACACAGAUGAAGAUGCUCAGAUCCUGGCCCCGUUCCAAAAAGUGAUCUUGGCGCUAAGGCGAUCGUAACUCCCAUACUUUAACACAGACUUACGACUGUCGUAGCACUAAGAUUGCUUUGUGGAACAGGGUCCUGGAGAAUGAGAUUAUUUCAUUGGAGGAAAUGACAUAAGCGAGUCUUUCUUUGUUCUGCUGUUGGGCAGUAAGAAGUUUUACAAUUGGUGAGUUGGAUUUAGCAGAGAUUUAUAAUGAGUAUGAUUAUUUACCUUUUUGUGACCACCGGAUAUCAUCCCUUUUUAUAGUGUUUCAUAAACACACACCUUUGAUGUAGUCAGAAUUGUACAAUAGACUGCUUUUACUUGAGAUCCUUUAUUCUGGAAAUAUUUACAUUGCUUUUUAUUUAAGGCCACAUUGAACUGUUUUAUUUAAUUUAUAUCACCAUAACAAGAAAUGUAUGUAUUGAAAACAAGUAUAUUCAAGUUAAUUUGUGAUACUAGCGUCUUCUUUUAUAUUACAAAAAACAUUCAAGCUGUCAUGAAUGGCGUGAAUUGAAGAGACUCAACUGUGUAGUUAACUGUUCUUUACCCCGUCCUGGUGCAUAAUGUUGUCAAGUGAUAUGUAUUGGACAUUUUAUAUUCUAUUUUAUUAAAUUUUAAAUAAACCACAUCAUAUCUAAGACUGUUUGUAUUUGUUACAAUCCAUAUGUUGAUUGAUCAUAGACCAGCAUGGCCAGUAGAGCUUUUGGACAUGUGCUGUGACUCAAUGGGAUUAUAAGGCUGUUAGGCACCGGUCAUUACAUUACCAGAAGUGAUCAAGGGACACAUCUCCAAUCUUGGUCGAUAUUUUGCAGUGAAUCUCCAUUGUUGCACAAUUAUGAUUUUCCUCAGACCAGAAGUCUUGCUUGCUUGUACUGUCAGAGUGACCUUGCUAAAUACUACAUUGUUUCGGUAGCUUCAUUGUAUUUUAGAAGAUAAUUUGAAUUAUGCAAGUUGAUUUUACAUAGAAAACUCUUUUUAAAAUGCUCCCGUGAAGUGAGUAUUUGUUAUGGCAUAAAAUAGAAAUGAUGAGGUUCGAACAUACUGUUACCCAACUAAUGCCCGAAAGUCGCACAAUAUUUUGUCAUUACAUGGUUACUUCCCUUUGAUCGUCUAAUUAACAAGUGGAGUAACUGUCUUUUGUCCGGAUCUUGUCCGCUGUCUUCAUUCCGACUGUGACUGCUCGCCGACAAGCUAACGGGUAAAUAAGUACGUGACUAUGGGCAGGAGAAGAGUCUCAGAUGAACACAAGCGGGAACGAAAACGGGCUGAAAACAAACGAAGAGAAAUGACAAGAAUUCAUCUGGGAACUUGCUUCCCGCAAUGGGCUGCACUGAAAAGUCUGAGAAAAGAUAACAACGUCGAGCUAGCAGACCAUCUACUCAAGGUGCACGAACACUACUGCAGAUCUUGCAGAGAGCUGAGAUCGGGCACAAUGACAAGAGUCGAGUAUCUGCACAGUGAUUAUGAUACCCGCCAGGAUGAAGUCAGCUCGAGGGAAUCCCAGAGUACUCGAAGCAUCAAAGUCGUCAAUCAGGACGGCCAGGUUUAUGUGACGCUCAGCGGGGACAAGUUGAAGAAGACUGAAACAGGCAUCACCCCACAACAUCAGCAACAAAUACCAGUCCUUGUCGGCUCACAGCAGAGCUUGACCUCCCAUCAACAAAACGUUCUUGUGCACUCACCAUUUGUCAUAAACAAGCCACAAAUUACAAACUCAAAUCCAAACAUUGGCAAUGAACAGCCUGGUUGCUUGAACCAGAUGAUAAGUGGGUAUGUUGAGGGUAAAGUGCCCUCUGUCCAGAGUGCACAAGGAGUCACAUUGAACAAGGAUAACCCAAGUGGACAGAACAAUCCAGGUAAGGAUGGUGUUAGAGGGACGAGUAGUUCCGGAAAGCAACAGGUGCUUGUGGAAAAGCAGCUCGAAGUAAAGGAAGAACCUGUGGAUGAUUUUGUGGUUGUCAUAAAUCCAGAUGAUGAUGAUGAUGAUGAUGAUGAUGUUGAUGAUGAUGAGGAUGAUGGCGAUGAUGAAGAUGAAGAUGAGGAUGAGGAUGAAGACGAUGGAGAAACAACAGAGAGUUGUGACGAAAGUGAUCUAACUCAUUCAGAAUAUCAACAAGGUCUGGUUGAGAUCAAGGAGGAGCCAGUGGAUGAUGUCCCAGAUCAUGCAGGUCACCUUCAAGUAAACUGCUCCGUGCCACAGGGUCACAGAGGAUUUAACACUGCAGGCACCUCGACUAAUGGGACGCAAGAUCAGCUUUGGAAUUCCAGGGUGUGUCUACAAGAUGGAAAUCCCUUUAGGUCCCCAAACACUACCAGUCCCGGUUUGCGAGUGACCACAGCGAAAGUGAUUACAUGUUACAGAUAUGGAGACUUGGUUAGGAGUCAGAUGGCAUCCUCGUCCAACCAUACCAAGGCCAACCAUACCAAGGCCAACCAUACCAAGGCCAAACUGUUGGUGGCCUGCAAUGCCUUGCUCAAACAGAUGCCACAAACCGGUAGAAAGGACACACUCAGGACAGAGACUGGACAGGGGCAGACAGACACCAGGGACCAGGAAAAUCUCAGGAAGAGGAGGCAUGUCCCGGAGGAACAAGAAGAGACAUUGGAGAAACAGAAAAAGUUUACAAAACAGGACUCAUUCAACACUAUCAGAACUCACAAACCUGAAUAAGUGUGAUACAUUGGAUUUGAUUAAAUGGGUACAGGUCCUGUAUCUCAUUCUGGCAAGCAUAGAUCUGGAAUUUCUCAUGCCAAGGUCAUGCCAAGGUCAAAUGUGCCUGGAAGGUGUGUGCCAUGGCUGAUGGUGAUGGUGAGCAUGACCACUUCAGGACAUUCCACCAAGAGGAAUCAACUAGGGAAGAGAUAAAGCCAAAGAGGGGAAGGAACCUUGCAGAGAAAGCAAGAUGAAUCUGACCUUGAUUGUGGAAGGACAUUACCGGUCGUAUCAAGCUGAUUCCCAUGGACACAGUGACAACUGGUGUCGGACGCAUCGUGUGAGGUGUCACACUUCAUAGUUCUCCUGGACAUAUCCCAGUCAAAGCAUCAAACUUCCCGAUUCUGUUAUGUCUCACUGGACCUCCAAGAUGUCUUUGUUAGGAUACAACGACCUUCAUCUCCUACCUCCUCAAAUCCACUGUACCAAUGAAGCUGAAACUUAACUUAAUGUUCCCAGCUGUCUCAUUGUGGAGAAGAUCUGGGGUAGAAUAGGUCUUCAGCAACCCAUGCUUGCUGUAAAUGGCGACUAAGCUUGUUGUAGGAGGCAACUGACGGGAUCUGGUGGUCAGGCCUGCUGACUUGGUUGAAGCAUGUG